AUGAGUAGCGGUGACGUACCUGCUGAAAUUCUGGACGAGUUAGCGGCCCUGAAGGCCGAAAACUUUAGCCUAAAGCAGAAGCUCAAUGAGCAGGUCCAGCUUCCAAUGUCCUUGGAGGAGUUCAAAAGGUAUGGCAGGCAAAUGAUCGUGAAAGAAACCGGAGGCGUAGAUGGACAGAUGAAAUUGCGCCGCAGCAAAGUGCUCGUCAUUGGUGCAGGCGGGCUGGGAAGCCCCUGCUUGCCCUACCUGGCCGGUGCAGGCGUGGGACAAAUUGGUAUUGUCGACAAUGACGUCGUGGAGACUUCCAACCUGCACAGACAAGUGCUGCACGACUCCGAAAAAGUGGGCAUGUUGAAAUGCGAGUCUGCUAAAGAAGUUCUGUCAAGAUUGAAUCCCCACGUUAAAAUUGACACUUACCCAGUUAGAUUAGACUAUAGCAAUGCUUUUCGCAUUUUUCGAAGCUACGACAUCGUUCUGGACUGUACCGAUACUCCACUGACCAGGUAUCUGAUCUCCGACGUUGCUGUGAAUCUCGGGAUGACCGUUGUGUCAGCAUCUGGUCUCGCCACUGAGGGUCAAUUGGCGGUGCUGAACUUCAAAAAUGUGGGGCCUUGCUACAGAUGCUUCUACCCAGUUCCUCCACCACCCAACUCAGUUUCAUCGUGCCAAGAAGGUGGUGUGGUCGGUCCAUGCAUUGGACUUGUGGGUGUGAUGAUGGCAGUUGAGACAUUAAAGAUCAUUCUUGACAUUUACACACUGGACAAUUUCCAGCCGUUUUUGAUGCAGUAUUCCGGUUUCCCACUGCAGUCCUUGCGCACUUUCAAAAUGAGAGGAAGACAAAAAACAUGCAAAGCAUGUGGUGAGAGCCGAAUCAUCACGAAGGAUGCCAUUGAAAGAGGCCAUGUCAAUUAUGAAGCAUUCUGCGGCAAAAGAAACUAUAACGUGUGCCUACCUCACGAACGAAUCUCAGUCGAAGAAUUCCACGAUUCUUAUGUUGCAUCAGAUGAACAAAAUCCCAUUCUUCUGGACGUGAGACCUCAUCAUCACUACAAUAUAUCGCAUCUGCCCAACACCUUCAACUUGACCGUUAAAGAAUUGAGAGAUAUGGAAGGGGACAUCUCUCAAUUGAAAAGUGAAAUACCGACAAUAAGCGGCGAUAGCGAAGUUUUAGUCAUGUGUCGGUAUGGAAAUGAUUCUCAACAGGCCACCAGAAUACUCAAAGACAAUUUUAACUUGAGCAACGUCCGUGAUGUCCAAGGAGGGUUUUUCAAAUACAUCGACGAGGUGAACCCGAAACUUCCAAAAUAUUGA